GAGACUUCCUUGCGGCUCCUCAAGCGCCACUGGAAUAAUCCUGGGCUGCGCCAGGUAGCUGAGGAGACUCUGAUCUCCUCUGCCCGGUUGCUGCGGGCCUUCGCGAACGUGGAUAGCAACUUGGUGACAGCGGCGGCCAAGAAUCCUCAUCCUCUGACUGCAGCUAAGUCCAAACCGGAGAGGAAGCGGUCGAGGACCCCACCAAGAGACGAGAGACCACCGCUGGUCAGGCAGUCCCCGCGUGAGCGGUCUGCAGACCGAAGGUCGGAGGUCGACUACGGAGGAGAGUCCCAGAGCUAUAGCGCAGAGAGCGAGGAGGAAGAGGAACGGGCGACUGACAAGGCACUGCCCAUUCCACCGCCACCACCAGUUCCCCCAGAACACAAGGAGGAAGCGAGGGGCUCCAGACCUCCGCCUGAACCCCCUUUUCCGCCACCAAGGAGAGGAGGAGAGGCUGAAGAACGAGCAGAGCACCGACGGAAGCGUUCGGAGAGACCAAGGCGGGCCGAGGGUGACGAAGAUCAUCCCAAGCCCAAGAAGAAGAAGAAGAAGAAUAAGCAUCGAGGCGGCACCAAGCACCAGAGGCGCUGGAGAGAGACUACAGGCGUAAGGGCAUUCAUUGCCCUGUUAACCGUCGCAAUGGCGGAAGAAGAGGCAGAAGAAGUGGAGGGCCACCCAGAAGAGGGUGCAGAGCCGUUUGGAGCGGUGCCGACCCCGGACGAGAUUCGGGAGAAUUUGCGGUCUGUGCCCAGGCCGACAACGCCGGUCAGGUACGACUUGACAGAGGCGGAGUUUUGGCGACUGCGACACAUACCCGCUGGGUCGGUACUGUUGUUCCUGGAUCCCAGGUCCAGACCCGAAGCCCCGAUCCAAGUUGCGGUUCUGGUCACAUCAACGGAAUCGCUGGAGUCGGGGGUCUGGGUGGCCGUGAAGGUCGUUGGCAGCGACGACGAGAAUGCCAAGAAGGAGGCGCAACGAUAUUUCCGUUCAGGAAAGAGGCGCAUUCAUCUGUGCUACAAGGGCCGAGGAGACCAAUGCACUGUGGCAGAAGUGGAUGCGCUUCAUCUACAGCAAUUCGAGUGGUUUCCCCCUGGAGACUUCACCGCCCCUUGGGUACCUGCCCAAGGCCGAAAGCUGGUCAGGGAUGGCAAAACUAUGGCCUUGGAAGAAGAGAAGCAGGCAAAAGAAGUUGGGGAGGAGCGCCAACCGCCCGAAGAAGAUGGGAGGCCCACUACGUCCAAGGUAGAGGAAAGACUCAGGUCGCUGGCUCGUCCGCCUGCCUUGCGACCCAGGGUGUCAUUUCCUGGAUUGGAGGCGUUGCCAAGAUCUGGAAGGGACGACGCCCCCCCAAAGGCUUCAUCCAAGGCUGGUCCGGCUGCCAAGGCGGCGUCAUCUCGCUCAUUGGUGCCGUACGGACCCCUGGAGAGCGGGGUGAAGAAGGAGAUAAUAGAUGUGGAUCUGGAGAGCGAGAGACGGUCCAAGAAGAAGUCCAAAUCGACCAGCCUGGGCGAGAGCCUGGCCAGGGCAGCCAGGAGUCAUGCCGAGCCGAAGGAGUCGGAGAGAAAGAAAAGAAAGAGCAGGAGUCGGUCGAGAUCACGGAGAUCGAGAAGGAAAAGAAAGAAGAGGCGCUCAAGCUCAGACAGCCGGAGCCGAAGCAGGACGGCAAGCUCCAGCAGCGAGGAGAGCCUGCUCCCGCCGUUGCAGCGCAAAGCCCAGCGCUCGCCGGGGGCAGUGUUCAAGAUGCUCGAAGAGCACAUGGCGGAGCGGCUGUCGCAGGACGCUGCUUUGGAGCUGGGCGAGGACGGCGAAGGACCAGGCGGCAGCAGGCCUCGGUUCCAGACGUUCUUCCAGCUGUGCCAGCGCCCCCAAUUGGAUUCGCGCAGCCGGGACUGCAAGGAGCUUUCGCUUCUAUCCCGGUCGCUGGACCUCUUGCGGGGCGGCAGGUUAGAGAGGCUCGCGGACCUCUUAGCGGCCCGGCUAAUCGCGGUAGAUACAGCUACGCGACAAGGCUGGCAGACUGCAAGAUAUUUAGAGAUCGACAACGAGGCCGACGAAGGAAGCGCCCCGCCCCACAUGCUGCUGGCGGCCCAGAGACAUGGACGCCUUGUGGAGAAGGCCGGAGGAAAGGGAAGCUGGCCGCGGCAGUGGGGCGCAUACGAAUGGAGCUCCGACAGCAAAGGGAAAUCGAAAGGCAAGGAUGCCAAGGGAAAGACGAAGAAGGGAAAGUCAAAAGGAAAAGGAUGGAAGGGUCCCUGGCAAGGCUGGGGAGCGGACGACAGGCCAAAAGGAGGAGAAGGCGGAGCGAAGAAGGACGGCGAGAAGUGA